AUGCACGUGGCCGACCGGCGGAUGCACGCGGUGCUGCGCACCGGGCUGGUGGAAGGCCAGACCAAUGUCUGCCCGGCCAUUGAUGACUGGGAUAUUGAUAUGCUAAAUGAGGAUCGUGAGAACAUCCACGCGCGUGUUUAUAAGUCGGCCCAUGCGAAGCUGGCGAUUGUUGCCUUCCGCGGGACGCAGUUUGAGUCAAUGAAGAACUGGCACGUGGAUGCAGACAUCCAGCGGAUUCCCAUGAAGCUGCCAAACGGCAAUGUGACCUUUGUACAUGAAGGCUUCCUGAACGCGUUGAACCACGUCCUUCCACACGUGAAGCGCUGGGUCGACGGUUACAUCCUGGGGCUCUUCAGCGCGGUGCCGAGCGAUUGGAAUCUGAUCUUCACGGGCCACAGCUUGGGCGGGGCCUUGGCCUUGCUGGCGGCCACCAAGGUGCGACCGGUCAAGCCCGGUCCAACGGAGCCCGAGGCCACCAUUGCCUUCGGCGUGCCGCGGGUGGCGGACGCUGCGCUGGACGACUGGUGGCAAGCACAGCAGCUUUGCGGAAAGCUGAUUCGCGUGAACACCUACAAUGACGUGGUGCAUGUGAUGCCCUUCCACAAGAUGUGGAGCGCAUGGACUGCCGUCAGCGAUGUUUACGACUGUGUCGCUGUUCGUCAGAUUGGGAUGGCAAUUGACUGCCCAGCUGAUCCGAUUGAGCUGGGGCCCGUGCUGAUCUUCGUUUCAGGGGUGACAAGUAUGAGGCUUGUGCCGCAGGUGCAUGAUGUGCCCAGCCCAGCCGUGACGUCGCCCCUGAACUGCCUCAGCCCAUCCGCGAACCUAGGAUCGGAUGCGUCGCAGGUGGAAAUUAGCAACCAAUGGGCUCACGUCUGUCCACAAAGCGAGAUUCUGAUCCCGAGCCGUGUGAAAGGUAUCAACCAACAGCUGGAAGAGAUGUCUCCCUUCGGCGGUGUGCUGGCGCACUUGAAUGAGAACUGCCUCUACGGUGCGAGCGAGUCGCGGUUCUCCCGCUAUAUCUAUGCAGUGCUGCACAGCAAUAUCACCUCGCUGGAUAGAUAUUGCAACUUGUCGCCCGAUGUGUGCAAUGAUCUCCAAGAGUUGCCACUUCGGAAGCUCAAAGGGGAUACACGGCCCAAGGGCGAAGGGCACUCAGAGGCGAUCUGCGAAAAGCAGAGGCCACCGUUCAAUGAACCACGGCGCGUGGACGCCCUGCGGCAGGGCGCCCCUGCCGCAGGGUGA